AUGAAUGAUGAAUAUAAUGAAAAAUUAUUUUGGAAAGUUUUUAAAAAUAAAUAUUUAUUAAAUUAUAUAUUAAAAAAUAAAUGUUGUCAUAAAAGUAAAAAAUUUAAAACUAUUAUAUCAAUAAAUUCAAUGUUAAAUCAUAAACAAUAUCAACUAUUGAUAUGCAAAUUGAAAGCAAAUGAAAAUUUAUACUAUGGUAUUGAUUUUGAAAGUCGGUUUCCCAAAAUUUUGGAGAAUAUUGGGGAAAUAGAUGAUUUUGAAGCAUUCAAAGAGAUACAUUCAUUGUUAUUUUUAAAAGGAUAUGAACAUCAUGGUAAUAAUUAUUCUUGGUAUAUGAAAUUAUUAACAAGGUUCGAUUUAGGUCCAAAAUUUGAAAUUUAUUUAGAUUUACACUUGAAAUAUUAUCAACAGGAAUUAAAACAGUAUAUAUUAAAUAAUAUGGAUGAAGUAUUUUAUUAUUUUGAUUCAAAAUGUAUUAAUAAAAUUUUAAAUUGUUUUCAACAACAAUCCAUCAGUAAUAAACCAUUUACUCUUUCUUCAUUUGAAAGAAAUCAUUUACUUAUUAAAUUUUUAAAUAGAAGUAAUCCAAAAGAAUUAAUGAAAAAGCUUAAAAUAAUAUCUAAAAUUCCAAUUUCACCAACUUCACAAUUGAAACGUAUUGAUGAAAAUUUAAGAUUGAGUUUUGGCUUGUAUUUAGAAUAUUUAAAACAACUAAAACAAUUUGGAUUACAAAAUAUUCCAACGUUUCUCCUCUGUCAAAAACUGUCGGGUGGAGAAUUUAAUUCUGAAAUUAAAAGAUACAUAAUGAACGAUAAAGGAAAUUUAGAGUAUUCUUCUUUAUCCGUUUAUUCAAUUUUAUUAUAUUUUAAAAUGUAUUAUAACAGCUAUGAUUAUCGUAGUAUACCAAGAUCCAUUCAAACUCAAAUUGAUAUAAUAAUUGAAAAUAGUAAACACAGACGUUGUACACCAUAUCAAUCAACUAAACAACUAUUUCAACUAUUGGCCAGUGAAACCAAAUCAAUUGCUCUAUAUACAUUGUAUUUAAAAGAGUAUGAUGAACCAAUCGAAACCAUUGAAAUUAAUGAAAAAAUUUUACUAUAUAUCAUGAUAAAAACCUAUAGCAUCAAUAUAUUGAAAUUUCUAUUGAAAAAUCAUAUAGAAAUUGAAUCUGAAAAAAAUAAAUUAAUUGAUGAUUUUGAUUUAUAUGAUCUAGGAAAAAUAUUUAAAAAUAGUAAAUUUGAUAAAAGAAAUAUUAUUAAAUUUUUCAAAGUCUUCUCAUCACAAAAAUCAAUUAUUAUUAAAAAUUUUGAUCAAGACAAAGAAUUGUAUCCAAUUUCAUUUAAUCAAUUAUGUAUGUCUAAAUGGAAAGAAAUUAUAUCAAAUCUAAUCGAUAAAGAUAUGAUUGUUACAAUUAAAGAUAAAGAAACAAUCGAUUGGUUAUCCGAUACAAAAAUAGGUGGUUGUAGUUAUAUAACAAUAAGAGAUGCUUUAAAUUCAAAAUUAAAACAAUUAAAACUUCAAUUUGACACAUUGGAACUAUUAGAUUAUGCAAGAUUAAAAUUAAAUCAAAUUAUUCAAAAUUUUGAUUCAAAUCAAGAAAUAUGCAAUAUUCACAUUUUACGUACUCAUGAUGAUAUUGUAUCAUUAAUCAAUCGUUUAAACGAAUCAAACUUUAAAAAUAAUGAAGAUUUAUUUAAAUAUUAUAUGGUCCAAAUUAUUCAAUUUGGUUCAAGAAAUUCAAUCAAAUACCAAAGGUUAUUUUGUGAUAAUUUUGAUGAGCUACGUUAUAGUGGUACCAAAAGUUUGGAUGAAUAUAUUAAUACUAUCAAAUUUGUUGGCGAAAGGUUUAUUGAAUCAAGCAAUUGUUGUGAAAGUAAACCAGAAUAUCGUAAAAAUGAAAAGCCCCGUAAUUACAAAAUACCAACUCAACAAACAUGUCAAAUAAUCAAUCUUUCUAAAAUUAAAGUCAAUGUCAGUCACUUUCCAAAUGCAACAUCUUAUUUAUUACAAAAAUUUAUCCAGCUUUUGGACAUUGACGGUGUUCAAUUUAUUCUUGAUAAUUUAAAUGGUAAUGGAGUAGGAAUAGAUGAAUAUUCAUUUAUUGAUACAUCUGGUCUCAAGAAAUAUAUCUGUGGAUAUUUAUAUAAAGACUUAAUGGUUUUUAUUCAAUUUAUAAUUGAUAAAUUCAACCAACACCAAUAUAAUAUAUCAUUAUCAAAUUUAUCAUUUUCUUUAAAUUUCUUAUUUUCAAACUUAUUAAGAAUUAAAAAUUUAACUAUUGAUCAAAUCAAAUCAGCAUAUCAAUUAAUAUCCAACUAUGUUGAAAUUAAUUGUUCUGAUAUCCAUUCACAUUAUUAUUUAAAUACAUUAUCACCAUUGAUUGGAUCACUUUCUGUUCGUUCUUUCUCAAUAGAAAGAUUCUGUACAUAUGAAACAGAUGCAAAGGUAUAUACAUUUGGAUACAUUUUUAAAAAUAGAGAUAAUAAUGAUUUACAUCAAUUUAUCGAUUCAACAAUCAUGGAUAUUUUAAAAAAAAAACCAUUUAAAAGAUUAAUAUCAUUUCAUAGUCUACUUGUACAUAUGUUAGAUAAUAAUAAUCCAAGAAUUAAUUUAUUUUUAUAUUAUUUCAAAAUGCAAUUAGAGUUUAUAAAGACAAAUGAAAUCAAAGAACCAUUUUUACAUUAUAAACUAUUUAAGUUAAUAAUUAAAACAUUUGAUUUAGAAUCAUUUAUUAAAUUAGAUAAUUUAUUACAACAAUAUAAUUUCUAUUUUAAAAAAGAUGAAGAUAGUGAUGAAGAAGAAUGUGAAUAUAAAAAUUCUAAAAAAAAACCCAAAACAUCAACAUCGAAUAUGGUUGAAUGGUUUGGUGUAAAUAUUUACAAAGAUUAUUCAGAUUAUCCAGAUAUUAUUAAUUACUUAUAUAGUAAAUAUAGUCUUCAAUUGGAACCAUAUUUGGAAUACUAUGCAUUUGAUCGUAUUAAACAAAAAACCUUUGAACAAUACUGUACAAAAAUUCCUCACGGAAGGAGAAUAAUAAACAAAAAAAGUGGGGCAGAGAGGGUAUUUGGUAUUUAA